CAAAUUCCUCCAAAUGUAUUUUAUCGGUGACGAAGAAGACGAACUCAAUGCCCGCUGCUCUAUUUCUCCAACCAUAAAAAGAUCCAUUCUAUCACAACUACAGCACCUACUUCACGAAAAAAACCCAUUCGUCUCUUUGUUCAAGACAGCACUUGACAUGAUGCCAUCAGACACUCACAAGAUCAUUAUCCACGCUGACAAGACACCUGCCGGAGAGCAUAUACGAAGAUACAAUGCACCCACUAUCGAUGAAGUCGCAAUUGUUAUUGUUGGAGAUCAAUUUCAACCAAGAGAUAUUGUUCUACACCGAAGAAAUGAACAAUUAACCAAAGUAYCAGAAACUCAUCGAUGCUAUGAUGCCCUACAGUACCCCAUCAUCUUUUGGGAUGGAGCYGAUGGUUAUCACUUUAACAUCAAGAUGAAAAAUCCCAUCACCAGACAAGACACACAAAUCAAAUGCAGUGCUAUGAACUAUUACUCUUACAGAAUCAUGAUUAGACAGAAUGAAGACAACCACAUUUUACUAUGUCGUCAACUUCUCCACCAAUAUAUCGUUGAUAUGUACGCUAAAAUCGAAUCAGAACGUUUACAAUACAUCCGGUUCAAUCAAUCCAAGCUACGCUCAGAAGAAUACGUACAUUUACGAGAUGCUGUGGUCAAUGAUGUCAAUACAACCAACAUUGGGAAAUUAACUAUUCUCCCAUCAUCAUACACAGGCAGCCCACGUCAUAUGCAUGAAUAUGCACAAGAUGCCAUCGAGUAUGUACGUCACUAUGGACGUCCAGACCUAUUCAUCACAUUUACAUGUAAUCCCGCUUGGCAAAGUAUACAACACCUCCUACUUCCAGAUCAGAAAACGGUUGAUAGGCAUGACAUCACGGCCCGGGUUUUUCGACAGAAACUUAAAUCCCUCAUGAACUUCAUGGUAAAACAUCAAGUGUUUGGGCAAGUACGCUGCUGGAUGUAUUCCGUUGAAUGGCAAAAGAGAGGAUUGCCACAUGCACAUAUACUUCUUUGGCUCCACCACAAGAUCACUUCCAAGGACAUAGAUAAUGUUAUCAGUGCAGAAAUACCUGAUCCUCAUUUAGAUAACGACUUACAUACUAUUGUGACAAAACAUAUGAUACAUGGACCAUGCGGCACACUAAAUCCAAAAUCGCCAUGUAUGAAGGAUGGGAACUGCUCCAAACGAUACCCUCGCACACUACUGCCACACACAGUUACAGGAAAUGAUGGAUACCCAUUAUACAGAAGAAGAUCAGUAGAAGAUGGCGGGCAGAUAGCAAACAUACACAWACGAAAGACUCCCAUUCAAGUAGAUAAUCGCUGGGUCGUUCCAUACUCSCCUCUCCUUUCUAAAACAUACAGAGCACACAUAAAUGUCGAAUACUGCAACUCUGUGAAAUCCAUCAAGUACAUUUGUAAAUAUGUAAAUAAAGGCAGUGACAUGGCAGUAUUCGGCAUCCAAACCACUGAAAACAAACUGCACAGAGACAUCGAUGAAAUCACACAAUAUCAGGCAGGACGAUACAUAAGCAGCAAUGAAGCUCUCUGGCGCAUUCUAUCAUUUCCAAUACAUGAGCGGAGUCCUCCUGUAGUUCACCUGGCUAUUCAUCUGGAAAAUGGACAACGGGUAUAUUUCACACCAUCGACAAUGCAACACAUCGCUCAGAAUCCACCACCAACAACUCUCACAGCAUUCUUCACGUUAUGUCACACAGACCCAUUUGCAMAAACACUCCUUUACUCACAAGUCCCAACAUACUACACAUGGGAUACAACCAAAAAAACUUUUCAAAGACGCAAACGAGGAGAACCAGUGAAAGGACAACCAGGCAUAUUCAAAGACACCACCAUAGGAAGGUUGUACACCAUCCAUCCCAAACAAGAUGAAUGCUUCUUUCUUCGUAUACUAUUGGUAAACAUACCAGGACCAACAUCCUUCGAGAACUUGCGAACUGUCCACGGAAUAACACAUGACACAUUUCGAAGUGCCUGUCAAGCUCUCAAUUUGUUGGAGAAUGACCACCACUGGGAAGACUGCAUCACUGAAGCAUGCAACACAUCACAUCCCAAACAAAUUCGGUCACUCUUUGUCAUCAUUUUGACCGCCUGCUCGCCAUCAUCUCCAUCACACUUAUGGGARAAAUAUAAAUCAUACAUGGCUGAAGAUAUUUUCCAUCAAACAAAUAAGGGACACACCGACAUCYCUCAGGAACACACCACACAAAUAUACAAUGAAGUGCUUCUCAUGAUUGAGGAUUCCUGCUUACAAGUCGCAAACAAACCUCUGAAAUUACUGGGAAUGCCRACACCGAAUCGACAGACGACUCCUACAUUCAAGGCACAAUUCCAUCAAGAACUCCAUUACAACAUAACAGAACAGUAUACUUAUGUACAAUCUAAUGUACCUAAGCUUACGCCUGAACAAAGACACAUUUACGAUCAAAUAAUGGAUACUGUUCAGAAAGGAAAAGGAGACAUCUUCUUUUUGGAUGCACCAGGAGGAACUGGCAAAACAUUUCUCAUUACACUGAUUCUGGCAACGAUUAGAUCUCAAAACAACAUCGCCGUAGCUCUGGCUUCCUCAGGAAUAGCAGCGACGUUACUACCAGGCGGAAGAACAGCGCAUUCUGCUUUGAAAUUACCAUUAAAUUUACAAUACAUUGACACUCCAAUGUGCAACAUUUCCAAGACAUCCAGCAUGGGAAGAGUACUACAGACAUGCAAACUUAUCAUUUGGGAUGAAUGCACAAUGGCACACAAGAAAUCCCUUGAAGCUCUAGAUAGAACACUACAAGAUUUACGUGGCACCAAAACGCCAUUUGGAAGUACAAUUUUACUUUUGGCAGGAGAUUUUAGACAAACAUUACCAGUCAUACCACGAUCCACACCAGCUGAUGAAAUCAAUGCUUCACUUAAAUACUCCAUUUUGUGGCAACAUGUAAAAACAUUACAUUUAACAACCAAUAUACGUGUCCAACUCCAGAAAGACCCGUCAGCAGAAAUAUUCUCCCAACAAUUGCUAGACAUAGGAAAUGGUCACGUACCACCAGAUCACACCACAGGCCACAUUACAUUCCCACCAAACUUCUGCACUACUGUGGAAUCAAAACAAGAAUUAAUAGAAAAUGUAUUCCCAAACAUACAAAACAACUACAAAAACCACGACUGGAUAAGUCAACGAGCUAUUCUAGCACCAACAAACACAGACGUCUACACACUCAACCAUAUCAUACAGUCCACCAUUCCCAGUGAAUCAAUAACAUACAAAUCGAUCGACACUGUUGUGGAACCGGACGAGGCUGUAAAAUACCCCACAGAAUUCUUGAAUUCUUUGGAUCUCCCAGGGCUACCACCACACAUACUACAUUUAAAAGUGGGCAUCCCUAUUAUGAUGUUGAGAAACAUCGAUCAACCAAAACUGUGUAACGGCACACGUCUAGCAGUGAAAAAAUUAAUGCACAAUGUCAUCGAAGGAACAAUCCUAACAGGACCUUUCAAAGGAGAAGAUGUACUAAUCCCACGCAUUCCAAUGAUUCCUACAGAUAUGCCAUUUCAAUUCACCCGGCUCCAAUUCCCUAUUCGUCUAGCGUUUGCAAUGACAAUCAACAAAGCACAAGGACAAACAUUACAAUUCGGUGGCAUAGAUCUAGACACCGAAUGCUUCUCACAUGGACAGUUAUAUGUUGCCUGUUCUAGAGUUGGCAAACCACAAAAUCUCUACAUCAACACAAAAACAGGACAAACCAAAAAUAUUGUGUAUCCACAAGUAUUAGUAAAUAAAAGUUCAUGAAUACCACUACUUUCUCACUACUACAUUUUCCAAAACAACACACUACGCCACAGCAACGCGUGGC